AAAUUUUGGGCAGCCGACCUGCUGAAUAGCGGUGUACUCGUGGCGUUUUCGAGCAAACAUCUGUAAAACAAUAUUAGAGUUUUACUGAAAAUACCAAAAUGAAUACAUCAGAUAAGUCUAACAAUACUUUUCUUUUCACAUCGGAGUCUGUAGGCGAGGGACAUCCAGAUAAAAUGUGUGACCAGAUAUCAGAUGCCAUUUUGGAUGCACAUUUGAAGGAAGAUCCCGAUGCUAAAGUCGCUUGUGAAAGUGCUGCUAAGACGGGGAUGAUUGUAAUAUUAGGUGAAAUCACAUCCAAAGCUCAAAUCGAUCAUCAGAAGAUAGUCCGCAACACUAUCAAGCAAAUAGGAUACGAUGAUUCUAGAAAAGGAUUUGACUACAAAACAUGCGCAGUCCUUCAAGCAAUUGAGCAACAAAGUCCUGACAUUGCCCAGGGAGUUCACGUGGGACGAAGCGACGAAGAUGUCGGAGCAGGAGACCAGGGAUUAAUGUUUGGUUAUGCCACAGACGAAACUGAUGAACUAAUGCCUUUAACUUGUGUAUUAGCACAUGGACUUAACAAGAAACUUGCCGAGUGUAGGCGUGAUGGUUCACUUCCCUGGGUGCGCCCUGACUCUAAAACUCAAGUCACUGUUGAGUACAAGUUUGAGAAUGGCAGGGCUGUUCCUAUUCGGGUCCAUACCAUUGUCAUAUCAGUUCAACAUGACGCUGACAUUGAACUAGACGCCAUGAGAAGUCUGUUAAUGCAACAUAUAGUCAAGGUAAAUAGUUCCCCUCUAGAGAUGCCACUGUUAAUUCCUUGCAAAGUAAUUACCAGUGAAUAUUUACCGAGCCGAGAGUCUUUAAAGGGUGAGGUUGAUCGUUCAGCAGGAUAUGCCGCACGUUGGAUAGCCAAGUCUUUAGUAGCGGCUAAGCUUUGCCAUCGUGUGCUUGUACAGGUCUCUUAUGCCAUUGGUGUAGCUGAACCAUUGUCAAUCUCCGUAUUUACCUAUGGCGGUACUGGUUGUCGAACAGAAAAGGAAUUAUUAGAGAUCAUUAAACGUAACUUUGAUCUGAGACCUGGUGUGAUCAUAAAAGAUCUUGAUCUUAAGAAGCCCAUCUACCAGGGCAGCUGUGUUUAUGGCCACUUUAAGCCAGGAUUCCCAUGGGAGGUCCCUAAACCACUCAAUUACGAAUAAAAACCAGAAUGGCAUGAUCCUAAUGUCAAGAAGUAUGACUUGUUCGAAACAUAGGGCUUAGAGAUUAUCAGUACUAGGCCUUCGUAGUAUAUUUUUGUCACUCCCCCCACCCCCUCCCCCUUCAAGUCUGUCCUCUACCCUUACUCAUUCACAGGGACUUUUUUAACACACUCUUAAUAUAACUCUGCACCCAGAGUAACAAAUUGGACCUCCUUCUUCUAGAAGUGGGGUGAGAGAGGACAAAAAUGAAUUACAAUGGCUUUUGUAAAGUAAAACAAGUUUUAUUUUGUAGAAAAUAUUAUAGAAAAUUUUAUAGAAAUAUUAUAGGAUAAUUGUGGAAAUUUGA